UCAGACAUGCCCUCCAUGCCCUAUGGCCAAAUGAGGGACCAGGCCCUCAGAAACCGUAGCAUCCACACCCAGCUGAUGGAGAUGGUGCUGUCCUUGCGGCAGACCGUGGAGGAUCACAUCACGCAACUGAUGACCAGGCACCAGCAGCAGGACCUGGCGCUGGAGAAGCAGAGGCACAAUCAGGCCGUCAGGGACCAGGAGGCCUCCCUGGGUCACUUAAUGUUCCAGAUGCUCCACUACCUGCAGUCUGGGGCCACAGGUGACCAGAGCUUCCAACCGCCUGAUGCUUCCAUGGACUCUAGGGUCGAUGUUGGAGGUGGGCAGCAGGCCCAAUCAUCCAGGCAGACUUGCCAGACAUUUUACCAAUGGAGUGAUUUUGAAGAUACAUUUAUCAGCUAUGACCUGUCCAACCGUGGGAUUGACAUCUCUGCCUUAUACCACUCCAGCUUCCAGGACUACAACACCUACCAAGGAAACAAAUACCACAAGGACAAGAACACCCUGGGCUACAUCAACCUUGGUACCAGUGAGAACAAGAUCUGUAUUGGUCUGCUGGCUGACAGGUUGACUCGGACUGACAUGCUGUACAUUGAUGAAGACAUACUGCAGUAUCCUGAUUGGAGAGGGCAACCAUUCCUGCAGAAAGAAGUAGCCCAGUUCCUGACCUCCUACUGUAAGGCACCUGCCCGCCUUGACCCAGAAAAUGUCGUUGUUCUAAAUGGCUGCUCCUCUGUCUUCUCCACACUAGCCAUGGUCCUGUGUGAUCCAGGUGAGGCCUUUCUGGUCCCCACCCCGUCCUAUGGUGGCUUUAUCUUUCAUACCCACCUGUAUGCGAAAGUUGAGCUGGUUCCUGGCCACCUGGAGAGCCAGGUCACUGAGGCGAACGCCUAUCCAUUCCAGCUCAUGGACAAGCUGGAGCAAGCCCUGCUCGGGGCUAAGAUUGAGGGGAAAAAGGUCAGAGGCCUUGUGCUAAUCAACCCUCAGAAUCCUCUUGGAGACGUCUACUCCCGAGACUCAGUGAUGGAAUAUCUGGAAUUUGCCAAGAAGUACAACCUACAUGUGAUUAUAGAUGAGAUUUACAUGCUGUCUGUGUUUGAUGAAGCCAUACCAUUCCAUAGUGUUCUGAGCCUGGAGAGUUUGCCUGACCCCAACAAGACCCAUGUGAUCUGGGGCACCAGUAAGGAUUUCGGCAUCUCUGGCUUCCGCUUUGGUACUCUGUACACCCGCAACAGGGAGGUGGUCUCUGCCGUGAGCUCCUUUGGCUACCUCCACAGCACCUCUGGCGUCACCCAGUACAAGCUGUGUCAGCUGCUCCAGGAUAGAGAAUGGAUUGACAAUGUGUACAUGCCCAUUUAUCUCUUCCGGCUACAGGAGGCUCACAGGUACAUUACUAACAAACGGAAGGUAUUGAAGGUCCCUUUUCUCAAUUGUGGCUCUGGCUUCUAUGUCUGGAUCAACUUGAAACAGUACCUGGACCCAUGCACAUUUGAGGAAGGGUUGCUUCUCCAUCGCCGCUUCCUGGACAACAAGCUGAUUUUGUCCCGUGGCAAGACCUUCAUGUGUAUGGAGCCUGGCUGGUUCCGCCUCAUCUUUGCAGCUAGGCCCCUCCUGCUAAGAAGCGGCCGGGAGGCAGAGGGAGGCGCCCCCGUGUGCCAGGGGCGGGGAGACCGGGACGGGAAGGCGGCCAGGGCGCUGAGGCCGCAGAGCGCGGAGGUGGCAGCGGGCGGCCCGUCCCUUCCUGGCGGAGCUCUGGCCCUGGGCCCCCUCCCCUUACGCGGCUUCCCCUCCCCGCCCCACGGUGCUGCAGCGUGUGCGCUCCCUGCGCGCAGGCCACACCCGGGCGUCCUGCGACCUCGGGCGCGAGUUGACGAACUGCGCCCGGAACCUUCCGGGAAGCCCGACCCGGCGCGGACGGUCCCGAGUGCGUGUGCCUGGGCCCGGGUACCCUUCGCACAGCGGCGGAGAGCGAGUCUGGGCGAGGAUUCGGACACAGACUGCGCGUCCCUGAGUGCCGGCGCCGGCUCCUCCAGCUCCGCAAGUAGGUGCAAUCCACGCUUUGCAGAACAGGGGGCCCGCGGGGUCUCCCUUGCCCGGGCUCGAGGCCUCGCUGCAGAAGUCCCGGCCCUUCCGUCUCGAAGCCCUCGGCCAGACUUAAACUUCCUCCUCCCAGAGACCGGGAGCCGGCGCCCGCGAGGCGCUCGCCGCUCGGCAGGGGUCUUGCGCUCUGCCUUCCGCCCUGUCCGCCCUCUCGUGGAUCUCCGAGGCCCUGCCGCGCGGGUUUCGGGCUCUGGACUCGCCGCCGUCCUGCUGGGCCCCCCGAGCCCGCGCUUCGCUCUCGCACGGCGCGCGCGGAGCCGGGGUCCCUCCGGACCCCACCUCCACCCCGCCUCUGGGCCGCUGGUUGGUCCCCCAUCAUUUGGUGUUUGGGGCUUGUGCAUCAGGACUGGGGAAAGCGGCGAGGAGUUAUAA